AUGACGGUCUGGAGCCGAGUACCGUCACAUUUGCUCGCCAUCGCGAAGGCAAACUACACCACUCUGGAAAAGAAACACCACAUCGAUCUGGACGUCGGCGAUACGGUCGUGAUCGAGCAGGAAUCCUCCCACUGGUACUACGGGCGCAACAGUAACACGGGCGCUACCGGUAUCUUCCCGAAGGCGUACGUCCAUCAGGUCGAAACCAAAACAUCUCGCGAUGGAGACCUGGUGAUCCGGCGCACCGAGAUCGUCGAGGAGAUCACGACGGUGCUGCGGGAGUGGCAGAUUCUCUACCGAAGGCUGUACCUAUCCACACAUCCCUCCUUGAAGCUGAUACAGAUCAAAAUGCUGGAGCUGAUACGGUUACGGUCACAGUUGCUCUCCGGCAAUCUGCCAGUGGAUGAGAUGAAAAACAUCAAGCUAAAGGCGACGAGCGAGAUUGACACGGGCAAUAAGAUCCUUAAUCUGGAUAUGGUCGUGCGAGACGACAGUGGCAACAUAGUGGAUAUCGAGUCUACCUCCACGACACAGUUAUACGAGCAUCAUCUGAAUGCGGUCGAUAGGAUCAAACGUGCGAACACGUCCAACAUCAAGAACCGCAAGCUGGACAUCGUCAAUCGCCAUUCGCACAAUUUGCUGCUCUCGGUGCACAACUUCGUGUGUAGAUUAUGCGAGGAUUCGGAGAUCCUGUUCACACUGUACGAUGGUGAAGAAAUGCGGGCGAUCACCGAGAACUACGUGGUUAAGUGGAGCCGCCAGGGUAUGGCGGCGGAUCUAGAUAAGUUCAACAACAUCAAGGUCCUGUUCACGGAUCUCUCGGGUAACGAUUUGAGCCGAAACAAAAUCUUCCUGGUCGCGUACGUCGUGCGGAUCGGUGCGAUGGAUGGCAAGGAUACUGAUCAUCGUCGAAGCAGCAUGGCCAACUCCACCGGCACCGGGAGCUACAAAUCGCACCGGAAUCACCUAUCCUCCCAGAUGAGCUAUCCUUCUUCGCCCGGACCCGGUGGUGGUGGCAGCAGCGCUGGUGGAUCUUCCACCUCUGGAACACCAAACGGAGGUUCUUCUCUCUCGAUGAGCACCGGCAACGAGUACGACAUGCGCCGGCCUUUCGGUGUGGCUACGCUCGACCUGCGGCCGAUUAUAAAGCGCUCGGAAGAUUUCAAAAGUGAUACCCAGAUAAAGAUGCCGUUCAUUCCGUGCGAAAAAGAGCCGCUAGAAACGACGCUUCGCAAGUUGAUCACGAACAAGGAUCUUGGAGAGAAGAGUGAUGCAGCCAUAUGGAUCAGUGUUGACAUCCUGUUUGGGGACAUCAAGCAGGUACGGGACGAGUAUCCCCAUCUCGUGCUGGGAAAUGUGGCGUUCGCUCGGAAGAUGGGCUUUCCAGAAGUGAUAUUUCCGGGCGAUGUGCGGAACGAUCUCUACCUUACGUUGGUGUCCGGCGAGUUUUCCAAGGGUUCCAAGAGUAGCGAUAAAAACAUCGAGGUGACGGCGUAUGUGUGCAAUAAGGACGGAAACGUGAUCCCGGGUGUCAUCAGCUACGGUGGCGGAGGCAAUCUUUUGAAUGAGUAUAAGUCCGUCAUCUACUACCACGAAGAUCGGCCAAAAUGGAACGAAACGUUCAAGAUAGACGUGCCGAUCGAGGAGUUUAAGCAGUGCCAUCUCCGAUUUACUUUUAAGCAUCGCAGCUCGAACGAGGCGAAAGAUCGAUCGGAAAAACCAUUCGGGUUAUCAUACGUGCGGCUGAUGAAUGAUGACGGUACGACGUUGCAACACAAGCGCCACACGCUGCUGGUAUACAAGAUCGACCACAAGAAGUAUGAUGAAGAGACACAGUUUAAUUAUCUGGGGUUGCCCUCGCUAGCGGAGGAGCUACCGAACGGCAGCUCUAAGCCGUCGAUCAGCGGAUUCAGUCUAGCGUCGAAGGAUAGUUUCACUCUCGAGACGAAUCUGUGCAGUACCAAGCUUACGCAGAACGUCGACAUCCUUGGGUUGCUGAAUUGGUCCUCCCGGAAGGAGAAAAUGGAAGAAUCAUUGAACGCUCUCAUGAACGUACGGUGCGAGGAGGUGGUCAAGUUUCUGCAGGACAUUCUAGAUGCCCUGUUCAACAUCCUAGUGUCUAACGACGACCCGCCAAAGUACGAUAAUCUGGUGUUCAAAUGUCUGCUGCGACUGAUCGAGAUUGUGUACGAUCUCAAGUAUCAACACUUCCAGUCCGUGCUCGAUCUGUACAUCAACGAGAGUUUUUCAGCCACAUUAGCGUACGAGAAGCUUAUAAACAUAGUCCAAACGCAUAUCCGGAACGCGAUAAACAACAUAUCGAAAGAUCGUGCCAUGGCAAACAUUUUCACUGUGAACGAAAACGACGAGGCGUUGUUUCGCACCACGAAAUAUCUGCAGUACAUCAUGAUGUUCAUCAUCCGCUCGCGACUGCUGUUCGCCGACCUGAACCAGGGCAAAGAUCGUGAGCUGUUCGAGGCGAGCCUGGAGGAGCUGCUGGAGUCGUUCUCCGAGCUGAUCAAGUUCCAGAAUGACUUGUUAAAGUCCCAGGGCGCUCUGCUAAAGUACCUGCACAUCAUUGCAUCCGAUUUGAUGCAGGUGUACGAUCCGGUAAAGCUAAGCCAGAAAAUCGUCGACAUCAUCUCGAACGUGCCCACGGGCCGGCUUAAUCAGUCGAAAAUGACGUGCAUCAAGGAUGUGGUCGAUUCGAAGUUGUUUAAGCUCCCCAAAUGUCGGGCAAUUCUGUUGCCCGUGUUCUGCCGGCAGAUAAAGGACAAGCUGGAAAGCAAGGAAGAGGGUGACUUUAUGUUCGACCUUCGGCAGCAGGAGAAAAAUCUUAGCAAAGCAGCUAGAGUGCUUGGGGAAAGCAAAUCCCAGCUACACACGCGUGAAACCACCGCUAAAACAAAGGUGGCCGAAUGUGUCAACAUAAUGAACAACAUGCUGGAGCUACUGUUCCAAGGGGAGGAAGACAUCGGUCCCGUGGACAACGACAUUCGGGAUAUCAUGCUGAUCCUGUUGCGCACGGUGAUCCAGAGUUCGAUCGCGAUGGACCGGAGUAACCCGCUCGUGGGCAAUCUGGUCGCCAUCAUGCUCGGGAUCUUCCGGAGUAUGACGGAGUCCCACUACCAGUGCUACGUGCGCAGCUUCCUCACCAGUUACGAUCUGCUUGACUUCCUCACCGAGAUACUGCUCGUGUUCCAGGAGCUCGUCUCGAAGCCAGUCUUCCCGAUCGACUGGCUGGACAUGAUCAUGCACCAGAACAUGGUGAUUUUGGGUAGCCUGCGCCACUUCGCCGCCAUUAUUAUGGAUCAGUUUUUCAGCCCGUUCGAGAAGCAGGUCUGGUCGAACUACUUCCAGUGCUCGAUAACGUUCCUGACCCAACCGGCCUUGCAGUUGAAUCUGUUCACCAAAACGAAGCAGUCGGUCAUACGCAGCAACUAUCGGGACAUACGGCGCGAGACGGUGUUCGAGAUUCGGAAGAUGUGGUUCAACUUGGGCGAGCACAAGAUCAUGUUCGUGCCUCGGUUGGUCGGGCCGAUCUUGGAGAUGAGCAUGAUACCGGAGGAGGAUCUGCGCCGGGCGACGAUACCGAUCUUCUUCGACAUGAUGCAGUGCGAAUACUACAGCUCGAAGUACGCCAUGGAGAGCUACGGUGACACGAAGCGCAACACGGCACACAUAAAGGGCAACUUUAACGAUUUCGAGAAGGAGAUCAUCGAAAAGCUGGACCACUACAUCGAGGGCGGCUACGGUGACGAAGAGUACAAGGAUCUGUUCUACGAGAUCAUGCACGAAUCGUGUAGCAAUCACAGCACGCUGCAGACGUACGGGGUGCAGUGCGUCCAGAUACUGACCCGGCUGAUGGAGAAGCUGCUGGAGUACCGCUGCCUGAUACACGACGAAAGCAAGGAGAAUCGUAUGGCGUGCACGGUCAGCUUGCUGCAGUUCUAUUCGGACGUGAAUCGGAAGGAAAUGUACAUACGCUACGUGGACAAGCUGUACGAGCUCCACAUGGAGUUCGACAACUUCACGGAGGCCGCGUACACGCUGAAGCUGCACAGCAACGAGUUGUACUGGGACGAUACGUCACUGUCGCUGCUGCUGAAAUCCAAGCGCCACUACUCCUGCUCGACGCACCGAACGCUAAAGGAGCAGCUCUACCGCAGCAUGAUCGACCUGUUCGAUAAAGGCAAGAUGUGGGAGUGCGCGAUCGACUUGUGUAAGGAGCUAGCGAAGCAGUACGAAGAUGAGGUGUACGAUUACCUGAGUCUGAGCGAGCUACACAAGAAGAUGGCUCAAUUCUACGAAAGCAUACUGAGGACGACACGCUACGAGUCGAUCUACUAUCGUGUGACCUUCUACGGGACCGGUUUUCCGGAGUUUCUGCGCAAUAAAGAGUUCGUGUAUCGGGGCAAUGAGUACGAGGAUGCGGGCUCGUUCAAUACGCGCAUACUGAGCCAGCACCCGCGGGCUGAGCUGCUGACGACGCUGACGCCUGGUGCAGAAAUCAGCCAGUGUGAAGGAGAGUUCAUUCAGAUUGUGAAGGUGGACCCGGUCAGCAGGGACAUACGGUUUGGUAGUAAGAGCACGCAAACGAUCGCGUCCAACAUCGUGAAGUUCUACAAAUCGAACAACGUGAGCGAGUUUCAGUUUAGCCGCCCGAUACGGGAAAGCGGAGUCAGCGGGGACGACAUUGCCGGUACGUUCUACGAGCGUACGAUCAUCCGCACUACCGAUCCUUUACCGGGCAUCUUGCGCUGGUUCCCAGUGAAAUCAUCAGAAACCAUCAAGAUAUCACCAAUUGAAAUGGCCAUCGAAACGGUAGAUGCGAAGAAUCGCGCGAUCCGGGAGCUAGUGUUGGAGCACCAGAGUGACCCACGGAUACCGAUCCAUUCGCUCAGUGCCAUCAUUAAGGGCGUAGUCGAUGCUGCGAUCAACGGCGGUUUACCGAUCUAUGAGGAAGCGUUCCUCACGCCCGACUACCUAGAACAGCACCCUGGUGACGAUCAUCUUGUAGCACGGUUGAAGGAUGUGAUCGCGUCACAAAUUCCCUUGCUCGAGGUGGCCCUGCUCCUACACAAGAUGAAAGCACCCGCCACACUGUUGCCGUUGCAUGAUCAGUUGGAAAAGUGCUUCUGCGUCAUACAAGCGAACGUGGAGGCGAAGUAUGGCAAACGGGCGACUGAUAUCAAAAUCGAUCGUGAUGCGGAGGUUACGUUGCGGCGGCACAUUUCCGCCAACCAGCCCCAAAUCAGCUUAGAUUCUAGCCGUCUAUCGGAAACGAGCAUAGGAUCCUCGGAUAGCGGAAUCUCGAAGAACCAAAACAGUCGUCCAACGACGACCAGCUCUGGAGGAUUCAAGAAUACCAUCGCCAACUUGGCCAACUUCAAUACGGUCAAUCUAGCAAGCGACUUAUUCGAGUUCGAUCGCAUAAGUCUGUCCAGCUUUACGGCAAACGGUUCCGGCGGGAAAUUGAUUUCUAACCUUUCGACCAAGAUUGGCACCAAACUGCGACAAACUUCGCUCGGUACUUCACCGGGAUCGAAGACGAAGAAGGACAAAACGCUCACAAAACGACGAUCGAGUCGCAAGAUGGACCGGGAGUCGUUGAGCUUAUCGGUAUCAAACAGCCAGUUCUACACCAGCCCCGUGUCGACCGCGAGCGAGCAAGGAUCGAGUAUCAUCUCCUCCGACAGGGACAGUGGCGGACCAAUGAGUCUGUUGUCCAGCAACACCGUGACCGUUUCGUCUACAGUCACUACACCUACCAGCUCACUACCCGUCUUCGAGCUUACUGAGGAGCUGCACCCCAAGAGGCCACUCCGCUCGGAGGUGGAAAAGGAGAAACGGCUCUCGAGACCACCGAGUAUCGCCACACCGACGAUGGGCAGCAGAUCGCAUCCCGGCGGUGGUACGAUGGCAUCCAAUGGCACCUCAGCAGGGGACACCAACUCGAUCGGUUCGGUAGAGAGCAGCAGCAAUCGUAACUCGAUCAUAACGAACGGUUCGACCACCUCCGAGGAGGACAGUGUGCCGCCUCCGUUGCCACUGAAAACACGCUGCGAUGCCGACUACACGCUUCUCCCAGGCACUAAGGUGUUGGUGGACCAACGGCAACAACACUGCCAAUCUCAACCGAGCCUUUCGAGUCACUACAUCACGUUCAAACCGCUGCUAACGACGGGACCAGCAACGGGAUCCCCGCAUAGCCACAGUUCCACCGUGGUAGCGGUCAACGCUUCGUACGAUGUGGUCGAAACGAGAAACCACAGCGUGAUCGUGAUCAACACCAGCAGCCCGUCGGCCAGAUGCAGCAGUCCGUUACCCAGCACGACCACCGGAGGAGGAUACGAUGAUCGCAAGCGACCACCGACUCCUCCACCGAAACCGGCCCGAAAUACUAAGAUUUAAAGUCAUGCCGACUUACGGCCGAUAGCCGACUACUGGCGGUGUUGGAAAAGAUCCACCUUGCAUGCAAUAAGCAAGCAUCGCGUGCGAGCUUGCACACAAACAAGGACUGACAAAGGACACAGGGGCGAACCGACGGUUUGUCGGUUUAAAGAUACUAAGUACAAAGGAAAACAGAACACACAAAACACAA